AUGUCGGGAUUCGCGUGGGCCUCAUCGGCCGGGUCUGCUUUGGCCAUCCUUGUCUGCCUCUUCUACGUUCCCCAUCUGAUGAAUCAGGUGGACGAGAUCCGCAGCACCGUGGCCGUGCGCAUGGACAAGUUCCGCGUCAGCGAGCAGGGCGUCUGGGCCAAGCUGCAGGCGUCUCGCGUUGGACGUGCCCGUGUGGCCCGUCAGGCAUACGGAAACCAGCAGUGCCAGUGUGACUCGUUCAACCGUUGCCCGGCCGGACCUCCCGGAGAGCCCGGAAUCAAUGGAGAACACGGAACCCCCGGUACCCCCGGACCCAAGGGAGUUCCCGGACUUCCCGGACGCGAUGAUCAUCCUCAUAUCCCUGAGACGACCGGCUGCCGCUCAUGCCCACCUGGACCCGUCGGACCCCCUGGUGCUCCCGGAUUCCCCGGGGAGCACGGAGAGCCCGGGGAACCUGGACGUCGCGGAGAGGACUCGCAGCCCGGGGAGCCCGGUCAGCCCGGACAGCCUGGAGAUGAUGGACAGCCCGGAGAGCCCGGACCCGACGGUGGACCCGGAUCUUCUGGAGAACAUGGAGUCCGAGGAACCGCUGGACCUCAGGGACCACCUGGUGCUCCUGGACAGCCUGGCAGCGAUGGACAGCCGGGAGAUGAUGGAGCCCCUGGAGCCCCUGGCCAACCUGGACACAAUGGAGACAGUGGAAAGCCUGGAGCUCCCGGAGCCCCUGGAGCUGAUGGACACCCUGGUGCUCCUGGAGGCCCUGGACAUCCUGGAGGCGAUGCCAACUACUGCCCUUGCCCGGCUCGCUUCAACAAACAC